CCGAGCGCUGGACGUAGCUCAAAAAACUGUAAACAAUUUUCUGAGGAGUCUGUGGUUAAGUAUUCUGUGGCCUGUUGGCGAAGUUGUACUGGUGUUGUUAGUUUUGGUGCUGGUCCGAGAGAUUGAAGGAAUUACGGGUUGUACGUAGAUAAGGAACAGCGAAUUAUGGGUUACUGUUGGCUUAGUGCUCUAUUUGUAUCCUAUAUUUCCCUGUCGUGGCUCCACGUAGCUACGUGCAUGGAGUGUGCAUUGGACCAUCACCAAACAUUGCUGGAGAGGUUAGAUAUUGUGAAAGUGAAAUCUUGUCCCUCUUUUUUUGACAAUGCAGAUAACAUGUAUUGCUGUGUGGAUGCAAAUAGUGUUUACUGUUGUAACAGUACACAAUUUUUUUUCAAUAGCUUUGCAGGUCUCCUGCCCAUACUAAUUGCAGCUGCUGUUGGUUUCUUGCUUGUCUUUUGCUUGUGUUGUCUGUGUUGCCCUUGCUGUUUGAUAUACAAAAGGCGUCAUCGUGGGACUGUUUAUGGCAAUGUCCUUCAACCAGGAGUGCAGACCACUGUGGCUACUCCACAGCCAGUUCAACAACAGGCUCCUCUAUAUCCACCUCAGCCCACACUGAUGCCCAUGCCCCAAACAACAGCUUACCCAGUGUACCCACCACUAGCAGGUCAGCAGCCACCACCAUACAGUGAAGCUACAGCAAAUGAAGUAUAUUCUAAACAAGCUCCUUACAAUCCUAAUUUCCAGUAAAUGCAGAUGCAGAAUGUUUUCUGGUUUUCAGUGUAUCACUAUUUUCUGCAGGCUGGUAUUACACUUAUUUUAUUUUAAUAUUCAUUUAUUGUUAAUUUUGGUGCUUGAAAACCUAGAAACACACCACAUUAAGAAUGCCACUUUAUUGCUUUCUCCAUCUCAUCAGUAUUACAUAAAUAUAUAUGGAAAUGUGGAGUGAAACACCAUUUCUUGUUUUGUAUGGAUUUGAAUAGUAACUCGCUUUAUGACACAAGCUAUGAAUUCAAAAUAUAUUUUGGUGAUGUAUGAAAAUUGUUUUUAGAGAAUUAUGCAGAAACCAGAUUAGCACUUAAAAGAAGUUGAUACUUUGUUGUAUAGCAUGUUCAGAACUGCGGGAGCCAGCGUAGCUCAGUCAGUAUAGUGAAUUGUUAUGGAAUGGACAACCGGGGUUCAGUCCCCGAUGGGAGCAGAGGAUUUUUCCUCUAGCCUCUGCGUCCAGACUGGUUCUGGGGCCCACCCAGCCUCCUGUCUAAUGGGUACUGGGUCCUUUCCCCAGGGGGUAAAGCACAGCCGGGGGGUGAUGCUGACCACUCGCCCCCUUCUAGUGCCGAGGUCAAGAAUGAGUAUAGUGGGACAGCUUUACUUUACAUGUUCAGAACUGCAUCCUUUAGUUGUGAUAAAAAAUAAAGCCUAAAGUAUUUUAUGCCCUCUUAUAAGCAGUUAAUUUUCUUUUCAAAGCAACUUUAUGGUUUUAUAUUGUCUGUGAUGUCAGAUGUUACAUAUAACAUUGUAGUGUAGAAACAUGGUAUUUGUAUGAAUUAAGAAUUACUGAAAGUGAAUUGUGCAAAGUUCUGUUAGCGUAAUUUUGUAUGAUUUUGUAAUAAAGGAAAAUUUUUGCAAGUG